AUGUCCUCCACAGCCACGGUGCCUGCGACUCAGCGCGCCCAAGUUCUCAAAGCCUUCAAUGAACCAUACACCUUCACGGCCACGCAUCCCACGCCACCGGCCCCGAAAGACUACGAGCUGCUAGUGCAAGUCAAAGCCGCAUCCUACUGCCACACUGAUGCCGUUUUCGCCUCAGGCGCCAUGCAGCAGGUCCUGCCCCGGAUCGGCAGCCAUGAGUUCUGUGGCGUCAUCCACUCGUUCGGGCCCAAAGCACAGGAGGCUGCAGCCGCCCUAGGACUGAAGGAGGGUAUGAUAGUGGGAUGUCCCGGCCGAGCCCUCAAUCCCUGUGGCGAGUGUCAGGAGUGCGCGAGUGGGGAAGCGGCUGGCGAUUAUCCUGGAUAUGGUGUAUGGUGCACGAAAGCGGGCAACCUGGGCCUGACCAGCGACGGUGGUUGGCAAGAGUGGGCCAUUGUGGAUUCGAGACAGGUUGCGCCAGUGCCCGAGGGCCUGGCUGCUGUGGAGGUCGCGCCGCUCAUGUGCGCCGGCGUGACUAUUUGGAGCGCUAUUGAAAAGGCGGGCGUGGACAUGGCCGACAAAAUGAAGAACAAAAACAAGCGUGUCGCAGUUUUAGGGGCGGGAGGAGGUCUGGGGCACCUUGGCGUGCAGUUCGCGAGUCUGCUAGGCGUUGAGGUAUUGGCAGUGGAUGUUGGUGAUGCAUUGAAGAUGACCGAGGAAGUCAAGAAGGAGACUGAGGCACUUGGUGGGGGAAAGGUACACGUCGUUGAUGCACGGCAUGACCCAACCGAGGUCAAAAGCCGUAUUUUCGGCGAGGUAGCGCCAGGGCUGGAAGGCGAAAGAGGCUGCGAUGCUUCCAUUGUCUUGCCAGAGGCUCAAGCCGCGUUCGAUUUCGGAAUGGCGAUUCUGAAAAACCACAGCAAGUGCGUCGUGGUCAGCUUUCCCAAAGAUGGCUGGAAAUUUCAGCCCCGGGAUACCGUGUUCCGCCAUAUUGAUGUUGUGGGUGUGCUUGUCGGCAGGAACAAGCAGCUCAGAGCGAUGCUCAAGUUUGCGGCCGAACAAGGUGUUCGAGCGAAAAUCAGGACUUAUGCCCUUGAGAAUCUGAAUGGUCUUGUAGAAGACUAUCACAAAGGUGCCGGUGGGAAGUUGGUGGUAGAUCUGGAAAAGGCAGCUUGA